GCAGACCGGGAAGAGAGCAGGUAUCUGUUCACACAUAUACACCCAUGCGCACAGUCCUAGCCACAGCCACCCCAAUGGUCUGGUGGUGACUGAUUAACCCACCUCCCCAACCUCCCUCCACAUCCUUCCUCCUGGCAUAAAAGGGCACCCUGCGCUUGAGACAAAGGUAAUGCCAAGAGGAAGGAUGUCUCCUGCCAAAGGCCUGCGUCGCCUCUCCCUCUGCCCCAAGGCCCCCGUAGCUGCUAUCCCCUUUGGGGACCUGCUGGAGAAAGUGGGCAGCAUGGGCCCCUUCCAGUUCUUUUCCGUCCUGCUGCUCACCUUGCCAGUCCUGCUCCUCGCCAGUCACAACCUGGUGCAGAACUUCAGCGCCGCCUCUCCGGAGCACCGAUGUCGCCUGCCGUCGCCGGCCAACACCUCCCAUCACGGUCACCCACUCCUUCUGGACCAGAGCGUUUGGCCGGACAGGUGCCACCGCUUUGCCGUCAGGCUGGCCCUUGACGCCAAUGGCUCCCAGAGCCAGGAUAGGGACCCUGAGCUGGAGCCAUGCCAGGACGGCUGGCAGUAUGACCGCAGCACUUUCACCUCCACCAUCGUCACCGAGUGGGAUCUGGUCUGUCACCUACAACCCCUCAAGAGCCUGGCUCAGUCCCUCUUCAUGGGAGGGGUCCUGGUGGGAGCCUUCAUCUUUGGAGACCUCUCCGACAGGUUUGGGCGCCGUCUGAUCCUCAUCUGGUCGCUGCUGCUGGUCGCUGUCACGGGGACAGGGGCUGCCUUCUCUGCCACCUUUGCCACCUACUGCAUCUUCCGCUUCCUAAGCGGCGUGGGCAUCUCUGGCUUCCUGCUGAACUACGUCUGCCUCAGCCUGGAGUGGGUGCCCACCAAGCAUCGUGCCACGGUGGUGGCCACACAGAGUUACAGCAGCACAGCUGGGCAGGUGCUCCUUGCCGGCCUGGCCUAUGGCCUCCGCGACUGGCGCUGGCUGCAGCUGGCCAUCUCCGCCCCGUUUUUUGUCUUCUUCGCCUACUCUUGGUGGCUACCAGAAUCAGCCCGGUGGCUCCUUAUGAACAAUGAGCGGGAGGCCGCCCUCCGCAACCUGAAGCGUGUGGCCAAGAUCAAUGGGAAGGCGGCUACAGGGGAGGCCGUGGUUCUGGAGAUGUUGGAGACCGAAGUGGCGAACAGCACUUCAAAGAGGGGCUCCCAUUCCUGCUUGGACCUCUUCCGCACUCCGACCCUGAGACGCAUCUCUUGCUGCCUCAUGUUGAUAAGCUUCUCCAUCAACCUGGCCUACUUUGGACUCUCCAUGGACCUCUCUGUCUUUGGCCUGGAUGUCUUUGUGGUCCAGCUCUUCUUCGGGACCAUUGACCUGCUGGCCAAGAUGGGCUGCGCCCUUUUGCUGGCAUUCAUCGGCCGAAGAACCAUCCAGAGCCUCUCCCUCAUCCUGGCUGGAGUUUUCCUCUUGCUCACCCUCGCGGUACCCUCUGAAAUGUUGACGGGCCGCCUGGCCCUUGUGGUGCUGGGGAAAGGCUGCCUGGCGGCCUCCUCCAUGUGCCUGUAUCUGUAUGGCGGGGAGCUUUUCCCAACUGUUGUGAGGCAAACGGGCACCAGCUUCACCAUGGUGAUGGCCCGUCUGGGUGGCAUCGUGGCCCCAGGGGUGCUGACGGCCGGCGACUUCCAACCCUUCUUGCCCCUGGUGAUAUUUGGCAUCACUCCCAUAGUCUCCGGCCUUGCCGCAGGUUUCCUUCCCGAGAUACACAACCUCCCCCUCCUGGAUACGGUAGAAGAAGUGGAAGAAAGAGCCAGACGGAAACCCAAAGCAGUUCUCAAGGAGACGCAGGAGAAGAGCAGGGCUCAAGUCGUCUGGUCGACAUACUUCUGAGCUUCAGAUGUACGAGAAACAGGAUCAUUCUCUGGGAGCCAGCCUGGGCAGGCAGAGCAACAUUCCUUACUGGAGCUCAGCCUCUUUCGAGGGACUCUGUAAUGCAUGGGACAAUUAGGCUGUGGACAUCCAUAUCCCAGAGAGAAAUGGAACCUUGAGGAACACCUUCCUGCCUCCUUGCCCACCUGUGCAAGUGAGCUCACCGCCUGAGGCCCUCCUCCGAGUGCUUCUUCCAUCUGAAGUGAGGUGGGAGGCGACUGGAGGAAGGACCUUCUCAGUGGUGGCCACUCAUUGAUGGAAUCCUCUCCCCAGGGAGGCCUGCCAAGCCCCUGCUUUGUAACCUUAGUGGUGCCAAACAAAUACCUCCCCAC